AUGGCUAUUAACAGAAAAGAAAAGCAGCUCAUCGUGUAUCGUCUGGAAUUGGAGGCUGAAGGGUCUCUUCCCAAAGAUAAACAAUACAUACGGUUACCGCCACCUAUAAUACCAUACGUUCUUAGGUUCAAUAUAAGAGCGGGUUCUCCAGCCUCUCAUGGCGGUGUUUUAUACACAAAUUAUCCAAUUUCGGGGGGAGAAUUUGACAGAAACAAAUACUAUUCAAAAAACUUUCCUACCGAUUUUUCGAGAUCACUCAAUAUUGACAUUGUGAUUCGAAUGUCUGGCGCGUUUGACUUCUAUGUAGAACAUCGUGCUGUGUCAACCUUACCUGGCGAGGUGUUAACUUCUAUCGAGCGCACAGAAAUAUUUCACUUUAAUGUUGAUCCCUUGUUACAUAUUCUCCCACGUCGUAGAAUCCUCUCUUCAAAACGUGUUUCCUCGUUGAAAAGAGUCCCGCUUCCGCUUGAUAGCCUUGUCAUUGAAACAGUACUACCGAAAUUACUUGGUCCGCUUAAUAAAUGGGAUCAACACAUCAAGGCUAUAAGUGAACUUGGAUAUAAUAUGAUUCAUUAUGUUCCCAUACAGGCACGCGGGAUCUCAAACUCUCCUUAUUCUUUAUAUGACCAAUUAGCCUUCUCGGACGAUCUGUUUGAUGGCACAGGUCGUAAAAAAAGCAUGAAUGAGAAAAUUGAUAUUUUACGCAAUACUCUGAAAAAAUUUGAGGAUGAUUAUGGGAUCUUGAGCUUGACGGAUGUAGUUUGGAAUCAUACUUCAUGUAACAGUAAAUGGUUAGAAGAGCAUCCUGAGUCUGGUUAUAAUUUGCAUAAUUCGCCUCAUCUAAACCCUGCAUAUGAGCUUGACACUGCUUUGCUCCAACUAUCUCGAGAUUUGGCUAAACACGAUCUUCCAACGUUGCUUCACUCGGAAAACGAUCUUAAUAGGAUUUUAGAUUACAUUAAAAGUCAUUUACUCCCUGAAAUACGCCUAUGGGAAUAUUAUAUAAUUGAUGUCAAAGAUUCGGUGGACAAUUUAAGAACAGCAUUAGAAGCCAAACUAGACGGGGACCACGAGAUAUUCAAAGAUAUUGAUAUCGGAAAUCUUUCUUUGCAACAACAAGCAGAUUUAUUCUUAAAAUAUGCAAUCUCAGGUCAAGAUAAAUUUGGUACGAGAUUUGUAAAAAAAAUCUGCGUCAAAAAAGCAAUCGGAUUUCUGAAAAAAUGGAGCGAAGGCUCGGAAUUCCAGACCGCUUACAAAACAGAACAGGAUAGAAUAUAUUCGGAGCUUCAAGCUGGAUGGCAAGAAAGGGAAAACGUUCGACUGGCGAAAAUUGAAAAGAGAAGACUUGAACGAGAGAGGAUUAGUAAUCUAGAAUCUGAAAAAGAACGAAUCGAACGGGAAAGACUUGAACGUGUAAGGUUGGAAAAAGAAAGAAUUGAAAGAGCUAAGCUUGAGAAAGCUCGGAUCAAACAAGCUCUAAAGAAAGUCGGAAGACAAUUUGAGCAUAAGGCUGAAAUUUCAGUUGAAACUCAAAUAUCUACAGACACUUCGAAUGAAAAUAAAGAAGAAAAAAUUUCAUCAAAUUCAAUACAGAAUGGGAAAGGAACUGAUAAAGACAUUUUAAACGAAGAAGAGAAAGUUACAGUUAAAAAAUCUCAAGAAGGAGCGGAGGUAAGUGUGGCAAGUACUGGAAAAAUAAGAAUCGAUGCCUCUGAUGCAGUAGAAAACACCAGUGUCACAGUUGAAGUUGCUAAAGAAGAAUCACCAAAAAAUCCCGAGGAAAAUGAAAAAUCUGAAAAAGAGCCCACAAAAUCCGAUGAACCUCCCGUACAAGUGCCUACAGUAGAUCCAAAAGAAUUUUAUCUCAAGAAAACUGAAAAAGAGCCCAUAGAACCCGAUGAACCGCAAGAGCCUCCUGUACAAGUGCCUACAGUAGAUCCAAAAGAAUUUUAUCUCAAGAAAAUCGAACAAUUGCUUAACGAGAUUAAUCUUCGUUUCUAUAGACUUUAUGACGACGACGUUUUAGUUAUCAUAGAAAACUUAUUUAAUCGUAUAAAGUACAUGCGAUUAGACGGACAUGGGCCAAAAAUGGGUGAAAUUACAAAAAAUUCUCCUUUGAUCGAAACUUAUUUUACCCGCCUACCAUUAAAUGAAACUACGCGUAAACACCCAGAAGGUUCUUUAGCUGUUGCGAAUAAUGGAUGGAUCUGGAAUGCGAAUCCUCUGCAGGAUUUUGCGAGCAGCGAGUCAUAUGCCUAUUUAAAACGAGAGGUGAUAGUUUGGGGUGAUUGUGUAAAAUUACGCUAUGGAAAAAGCAGGGAAGAAAAUCCUUGGCUCUGGGAUCAUAUGACCAAGUAUACUGAACUAUCAGCUUCAUUAUUUCACGGGUUUAGAAUAGAUAAUUGCCAUUCGACUCCAAUUCAUCUCGCCAAAUAUUUACUUGAUAAGGCUCGACGUAUUAAACCUAAUUUAUAUGUCGUUGCCGAGCUUUUUACUGGAUCCGAGGAGAUGGACAUCCAAUUUGUUAGUCAACUCGGAAUUAAUUCUUUGAUCCGUGAAGCUAUGCAGCCAUGGGAUACUAAAGAAUUAAGUAGAUACGUGCACAGACAUGGCGGCAAACCAAUUGGUUCGAUUGACACUGCAUGCCUUUCUGAUUCAUCAACGUGUAUUGUAAGCGAUGAACAGAAAGAAACGUGUCUAGUUAUUCCAGUAUACGGAUCGAAACCACAUGCUCUAUUUAUGGAUUGUACGCACGAUAACGAAACUCCACAUCAGAAAAGGACAGCAGAGGAUACACUUUCAACUGGCGCACUAGCCUCGAUGAGUUCUUGUGCUGUUGGUAGCACAAAAGGUUACGAUGAAAUAUUCCCAUAUUAUGUUGAUCUCGUAAAUGAGACUCGUUUAUAUCCAUUUUAUGAAGAACCAUUAGAUAUCGUCAAAAAGGUUUUGCAACAUUUACAUACCGAAAUGGCAUUGGAUGGAUAUAUCGAGACACAUGUGCAUCAUGAAAAUGACUACAUUAUUGUACAUCGUUUCCAUCCUGAUACUCUGAAUGGAUACUUAUUAGUUGCGCAUAGCGCUUUCACGGGAUUCACGAUGGAUCGUGGUGAUCUAAAUCCCAUCAAUCUGCGCGGUACAUCGGCUGAGUUGCUGUUCUCGACUUAUUUGGAAGUGAAAUCUCGUAGCGUGGAAAACAACGAAAAAUUUUUAUCUGGAUUACCUGCUACUUUAAAAUCACUAAAUGCGCCUAUUCUACGACGACGUUCCGAUACUAAUGGUGAAUUUACCGAAGUAAUAUUACCUAAGGAAUUCCCUUCUGGCAGUGUAAUGUUAUUAAAAACUUGGGUUGAUAAUAAGCCUGAAGGUCUAGACGAUUUUGUGGAAACUGGAACUGAAGAAGCUUUCGAAGAGUUAGAUCUCGUUGACUUGAAUAUUGUUCUUUAUCGUUGUGAUGGUGAAGAAAAUGACGUGACUCCUGGUAAUGGCGUAUAUCACAUCCCAAAUUACGGUGAUAUCCCAUAUUGUGGUAUAGAAGGCUUCAUGUCAGUCCUUCGACCAAUCAUGAAACAUAACGAUUUAGGACAUCCGUUUUGUGUCAAUCUACGUGAAGGCCACUGGGCUCUCGAUUAUACAGUAGGAAGGCUUGAAAGGCAUCUGUUUAUCGCCCCUAAAUUGAAAAAACUGGUGGAUUGGUAUCAUUCCCGAUUCACAGCUAUUAAGGCAGUCCCAAAUUUCUUAGUGCCUAAAUAUUUUGCAUUGACUAUGAAAACUGCUCAUAAAGCUGCUACUUACAGGGCAUUUCAACAAUUAUCUCCUUUUGUUCUUGACGGUGGCUCUUUCAUACAUUCGCUCGCACUAUGUUCUGUCCAGAUGUAUGGAACUGUUCUAUCAACAGGUUUGCAUCCAACUAAAAAUGGUCCAUCAUGUGCUGCUGGAUUACCUCAUUUCGUCCAUCAUCACAUGAGAUGUUGGGGUCGCGAUGUCUUUAUUUCUUUACGUGGUCUAUUUAUUACUACUGGAAAUUUUCAGGCCGCACGAGAGCAUAUUGUUGGAUUCGGGAGUGUACUAAAACAUGGAAUGAUUCCGAACCUCCUGGAUGCUGGUCGUAGGCCACGUUAUAAUUGUCGUGACGCCACUUGGUGGUAUCUUCAAGCCAUACAAGAGUAUUGUAAAUUUGCCCCCGAAGGCUAUGAUAUUUUGAAAGAAUCUAUUGCACGAAGAUUUCCUAAAGAUGAUGAAUUUAUUGAAGCAGAUGAUCCUAAAGCUUAUUCAUACAAAAGCACUUUGCUAGAAAUCAUUCAAGAAAUAAUGGAACGUCAUGCUCGUGGAAUUCAUUUCCGCGAAUGGAAUGCCGGCCCUAAUCUUGAUCAUGCAAUGAAAAGCGAAGGCUUUCAAGUUGACGUAGAGGUUGACUGGGAUACCGGAUUGUUACUUGGCGGAAAUAAAUGGAACUGUGGUACAUGGAUGGAUAAAAUGGGUGAUUCUGCAAAAGCUGGUAAUCUUGGAGAACCUGCAACUCCAAGAGACGGAGCAGACGUUGAAAUCAUUGGUUUAUUAAAGUCCACUUUAAGGUGGCUAAUCGAGUUGAAUGAAAAAGGAGUAUAUCCAUGGAAAGGUGUCGAGAUUCAAGAUAAGAGCCUGAAAAACGAAGGAACUAAAUUAAUAACCUUUGCCCAAUGGAAUGACCUCAUUCAAAAAUCAUUUGAAAAGAAUUUCUACAUACCGAUUGAUCCUAGUGAAGAUUCAAAAUACAAUUUAAAAUCAUAUCUGGUGAAACGAAGAGGCAUCUAUAAAGAUACUCAUAAAUCAUCUAAUAAUUACACAGACUACCAGCUUCGACCAAAUUUCCCUAUAGCAAUGGUUGUGGCGCCAGAAUUGUUCAACGAAGAACAUGCUUUGAAAGCUUUAAACGUUGCACGCGAGAUUAUUACAGGUCCCCUGGGAAUGCGCACUCUUGACCCAGAUGAUCCAGCUUAUCGUGGAAACUACGAUAACAGUAAUGACGGAACGGACAAAUCUGUAGCCAAAGGAUGGAAUUAUCAUCAGGGCCCGGAAUGGUUAUGGGUUACUGGUUACUUCCUGCGCGCAUAUUUACAUUUUGACAUUCGUCCUCACGAAACGAUUCAUACCAUUAUGCGUAUACUUUUGCCUCAUCGUAAAAUAAUAGAGACUAGUGUAUGGGCUGGACUGCCGGAAUUAACUAAUGCUAAUGGAGCUGAAUGCCAUGAUGCUUGUCCAACUCAGGCUUGGUCUGCUGCUACCCUUUUAGAUCUAUUUGAUGACAUUAAGAAAAUUAAGAAUGUGGAAGUCAAUUUUGAUGAAUGA